GUCACACGGCAGCGGGCGGAGAACCAUGUCGGGGUGCCCCGCCGGAGACGUGAGCCGCGCCCAGUGGUGCCGCAAUGGCCCGGCGGCGAAGAACCUCAAGAUGGUCUCCAUCGGGAUCAUCCUCGUCACCAGCGCCUUAGGGAUCUCGUCGCCGGUGGUCCUCGCCCGCCUCUUCGAGGGCAAGCCCGCCUACACCCGUACCCUGCUCCUUAUCAAGUGCUUUGCCGCGGGCGUUGUCCUCUCGACCGCGCUCGUCCACGUCCUCCCCGACGCUUUCGCGGCGCUCGCCGACUGCCAGGUCGCUGUCCACCACCCCUGGCGCGACUUCCCCUUUUCUGGCCUGCUCACCCUUUUCGGCGCCCUCCUCGCUCUCCUCGUCGAUGUGGUAGCGACCUCCCAUGCCCACGGAUCGUUCGGCUCUAAAGGGAGGCAGCAGUACCAGCGCCUUGAGGAGGGCAUGAAGCAGCGGUCUGAGGCGCCAGUGGCAGAGGUGGCGAUGAGUGGGUGCCACAGGAACCAUGGGGGCGAUGAGCGCGAGGAGAUAGGAGAAGAAGAGGAAGGGGAGCAGGGGAGCGAGGAGGAGCGACUGGAGAAGCUGAAGCAGCGGUUGGUGUCGCAGGUGCUCGAAAUCGGGAUUGUCUUCCAUUCGGUGAUCAUUGGGGUCACGAUGGGAAUGUCGCAGAACCAGUGCUCAAUUAGGCCACUAGUCGUCGCCCUUUCCUUCCACCAAAUCUUCGAAGGAAUGGGGCUUGGUGGAUGCAUAGCGCAGGCAGGCUUCGGCUUGGGGACAGUGGUGUAUAUGUGCCUUAUGUUCUCAGUGACUACUCCUUUAGGGAUAAUUUUGGGAAUGAUUGUUUUCUAUAUGACCGGCUAUGACGACAGCAGCCCUAAUGCCCUGAUAUCUGAAGGAUUGCUGGGCUCCCUCUCUGCGGGAAUACUGAUAUACAUGGCACUUGUGGAUCUAAUAGCAACAGAUUUCUUUCACAACAAGACAAUGUCCUCUAUCCCUCAGAUGAAGAAGGCAUGUUAUACAGCAUUAGUCUUUGGGUCUGCUUCUAUGUCUGUACUUGCACUUUGGGCUUAGUAGCAUUGUAAAAGAGAUGUUUUAUUAGAAUCAAUAUGUGCUUCAAGUUAUCAAAAAGGCAAUCCAUCACACAAGAUGUUUUUCUGAGAA